AUGGCAUUUGAUAUUGACGAUGACUUACCGGAUCGAGAAAGUGCUCGACAAUUUUAUCAAAAAUACGAACCAAAAGAAGUUAUUGGUAAAGGUUUAUCAUCAGUUGUUCGUAAAUGUGUAGAAAAAGCAACAGGAAAAGAAUAUGCAUGUAAAAUAAUUGAAUUUAAUGAUGACAGUCAAGAAGAACGUGAUGCUACAUUACGUGAAAUUCAAAUACUUAAAUUAGUCGGUGAUCAUCCAAAUAUAAUUGAUAUAGUUGCAUCGUUUGAAACGCCGAACUAUGUAUUUAUUGUUAUGGAAUUAUGUCCUAAUGGAGAAUUAUUUGACUAUCUUACAAAAGUUGUUCAUUUAUCAGAAAAACGUACGCGUCAAAUAAUGUCAAGUAUAUUACAUGCUGUUGAUCAUUUACAUUCACAUCAUGUUGUUCAUAGAGAUUUAAAACCAGAGAAUAUUUUAAUGGAUGCAAAUAUGAAUGUUAAAAUAACUGAUCUUGGUUUUGCUGUACAAGUAUCUGAGAAUGAAGCAUUAUAUGAUCUUUUUGGUACACCUGGUUAUAUGGCACCUGAACUAUUACAAUGUUCUCAAUAUGAAGGCAUGCCUGGUUAUGGUCUUCCAGUUGAUUUAUGGGCAUGUGGUGUUAUAUUAUUUACAUUACUUAGUGGUUUACCACCAUUUUGGCAUCGUAAACAACAUUUAAUGUUUCGUAUGAUUAUGGAUGGACAAUAUACAAUGACUGGAUCUGAAUGGGAUGAUGUAUCUGAAACAGCAAAAGAUUUAAUACAUCAUUUAUUAGUUGUUGAUCCAGCUGAACGUUAUACAGCUGCACAAGCACUUCAACAUCCAUUUUUUAAUGUUGAACGAACACGACGAAGAGAUUUUAUGCCUAAACGAACGCUUAAAGCACAUAUUAUACUUAUUUGGUCAAUACAUCGUUUAAGAACAUUACAUUAUAGACCACAACCUAUACGUGGAAAAGAAUUAUUAGAAAAUCCAUAUCGAUUUAAAUCUUAUCGUAAAAUGAUUGAUUCAACUGCUUUUCUUCUUUAUGGACAUUGGAUUAAAAAAGAUGAACAUCAACAUCAAAAUCGUGCUACAUUAUUUCAAACAGAAGAAAAAUAUGAUGUUGUUCGUCAUGAACAAUUACUUGAACAACGACGUGUUCGUCGAGAACAAUCACAACCACUUCGUUUACAACAUCAAAAUGAAAUUCGUGAAGAACAAUCUCCACCUCCAUAA